AUGAUGGGAAGCUAUCUCUGGACGAGUUCCAGGCGUUCUUCUCCGACGGGACGCUGAACGAGGAAGAACUGGAGAAUCUGUUUCAAACAAUUGACUCUGAUAACACCAGUAAUGUUGACACUAAGGAACUCUGUGACUACUUUGCCAAACACAUGGGUGACUAUGAGGGUGUACUGGCCUCGCUGGAGACUCUCAACCUGUCCAUCCUCAGAGCCAUGGACUUCACCAAGAAGGUGUAUGAACGAGGGACCAAUGUGGAGCAAUUUGUUACCCGCUUCCUGUUGAAGGAAUCAGCCAAUCAGAUCCAUUCUCUGCUGAACUCGGUGGAGAGUGCUGUGGACGCUAUUGACGAGCAGCACUGUAGUCAGUCAGGGUACCCUACUAAGGUCAGUCAACAGGUUCCAGAGAAAUGUUAUGAGAACCCAGUGCCUGACUACCCUCCUAACAACAGAGUCAGUGCUGCCAAGGAUGCUGCCCCAAGGAACAUCAACACUGCUACAGGGGUGGUGGAGGUAAGGAAAGAGACGCUGGAGGCACAGAUCAACCGACUAGCUGAGCUAAUUGGACGCCUUGAGAACAAGACAGUUUGGUUUGACCUGCAUCAGAGGCUAACAGACACUGAUGGCACAGCCAGCGCA